AUGUCCCUUGUAUCAUUCUAUGGAAGAUCUAUUUUGGCUCAAGGUAUUAAUAAGCCAUUGGUCCUCAAGAGUUUAUUGUCCCCUGUUGGUGUUCCCACUUCAAAUUCUAUCGUAUCAUCAAUGAAUAAUGGCCCAUUAUCUGCCAUUGAACAAAGAAGGUGGAAGUCUCGUGGUAACACAUAUCAGCCAAGCACUUUGAAACGUAAAAGAAAGUUUGGGUUUUUAGCCAGACUGAAAGAUAAAUUUAAAUCAAAGAUGAUUAAAACUAGAAAAGAUAAAGGCAGAUGGUACUUGUCUCAUUAA